ACGCGGAUCAGCAGACCACAUCACUCCAGUCUCAUCCAUACUCCGUAAAUCCUCCAUAAACAACUUAGCAUCCGUAGUUUCUCCGUAACAAUCCAACUAAAAUGAUCAAUAAUUCCCUCGAAUAAAAUCCAACAUCCUGUCAUGCACAGAUACUUGGCACGCUUGAGCACAUUUCUUGCUUGGCAUCUCCACCGUAUCCACAGUCCUUGAGAUUAACCAUGAGAUUAAAUACACCCAUCUCCCUCUUCCUCGGUCUUCAUUCUUCAUUCUUUUCUCAAGUAGUAUAUAAUAAAUGAUUCGCCGUCACGAACACAUCCCCGAGUCUGGCCCCGGGGUCGAACAGCACUGGGGCUACUUCAGUCGCCAGUUGCCCUGUACCGAUGAUCCAGGGAAAUGCGCCUAUCUCGACACCGUCUACCACAGUCAUGAUCUGUCCAUGCUCUACAGCGCGAUUCUCUGGGCUGUUAUUCUUGGGAUCGUAUUGCUGUGCUUUAUAGCACGCUACUGCAACCCUGUCUCUCGCCAAAUAUCACACCAUGUCGACCACGAGAAACAACUCCCAACCCAAUCCACCCUCUACCGCACCAAAUCCACCCUCAGCGCCCUCUACCACCGCUAUCUCCUCCCCGAAUCAGCCCUACCGCGCAUCUUCGGCCCCACCACCCGCUUCAACGUCCUCCUCCUCGCCAUUCUCAUCAUCUACCUCACAAUCUUCACCUUCGUGGGCAUCGUCUACCAAACAUGGAUCUCCCCAACAGGCCCAAACCAACCAGACACCAUCCGCGUCGGCUUCGGCCCCUGGGCAGACCGCAUCGGCGUGCUCGCCUACGCACUCACCCCUCUCUCCGUCCUGCUCUGCACGCGUGAAUCAAUCCUCUCCCUCCUCACGGGCAUCCCCUACCACCACUUUAACUUCCUCCACCGCUGGCUCGGCUGGAUUAUCUACAUCCAGUCGGUUCUGCAUACGCUGGGCUGGACCCUCGUCGAGGGUGAACUCUAUCAGCCGCAGCCGACGACCUGGGACGAGUUCGUGCGCCAGCGCUACAUCAUCUGGGGUAUUGUCGCUAUGAUCUUCUUGUCUUUUAUUGUGUUUGGCAGUCUGCAGUGUGUUAUCCGUCGGACUGGGUAUGAGUUCUUUCGCAAGUCGCAUUAUGUGCUGGCUAUGCUGUAUGUGGGCGCUUGCUGGGGACAUUGGGAGAAGCUGGCUUGCUGGAUGAUUGCUUCGCUGGCUGUGUGGGGUACGGAUCGGGGUUUGAGGUUAUUGCGGACAUUAGUCUUGCAUCUAUCGUCUUCUUCUUCUUCUUCUUCUUCUUCCUCCCCCUCAUGGAGACUCCAAAUCCCCAAAGCACAGCUCACCCUCUUCACCACAAACGAACAAGAAUCAGUCGUCAGAAUCGACUUCCACCACCCCCACUCAGGCUGGGAAAUCGGCCAACAUUUCUACCUCUGCUUCCCCGACCUCUCCAUCUGGCAAUCUCACCCCAUGACGCCGGCCUCAGUGCCGGACACCGCAUCGGGCGUCUCAACUCAAUCACACACGUAUCUCAUACGUGCCAAAUCGGGCCUUACCCGUGCCUUAGCAGCCACCCACUCCCACACCCAUACCCAAUACCCCAAGCCAGAGUCCGACAGUGGCCCAAUGACAACACCCAUCAUCCUCUCCGGCCCCUACGGCCACGCUAUCACAGACGACGACCUCCACUGCACAGACGAUAUCAACAUCUUCUGCGCGGCUGGAGGCACGGGUGUGACAUUCGUGCUGCCGCUCUUGCAAGCCAUCGUGCUGAAUAGCUGGUUUCAAACUCGCAAGAGUAUUGUUGAGUUCGUGUGGGUUGUGCGGCAUUGUGUGGAUGUUAGGUGGAUUCAGGCGGAGCUGGAUGCUCUGCGCGCUGUUGCGGACCGGUGUGCGCAUUUUAGGAUUAGGGUUUUUGUUACGAGGGAUGUGGAGGGCCUUUCUGGUUCUAGCUCUGACUCUGGUUUUGACUGUGAUGAUGGGUCUGGGUCUGGGUCUGGGUCUGGCUCGGAUGAGCAGUCUCAAGCGUUUGAAAUGCGCUGCUUGAGACCGUCUCUGGCUGAACAACCCGUUCACCCUGACCUGGCGCACUACAUGCAGGACUUCGUGGAAAGAACGCCCUGCGGCCCUACCCGUGUGUUUGCCAGCGGGCCAGCUGGACUGGUCUCUUCGUUGAGAGGGGCGGUCGCGCAGUGUAAUGAUGUGGGGAAAGUAUGGCAAGGUCAGGAGAGGUAUGAUGUGCAGCUUGUGCAUGAUGAUCGGUUGGAGUGGUAGUUUUUUUCCUUAUAAAAUCACUAGAUUUGUUGAUUCGUGUUUAAACUUGUACUCAAUGUAGGGUGGACUGGUAGAUCCAUGAGAUCUACCAGUCUUGAUGCUAAGGCUGCUCGUCAAAUCUCCACAUCUACCAACAUCACCUGUUCAAGCUACUCAUAUUCGCUCAAACUCGGCGGCAAAUCCCCCCG